UAUGAUUGUACUAUGUUCAUUUUUAGUUGAAUACCAAUAUGAAGUUACAAAAUCUGUUAGAGAAUAUCUCCGUUCUGAAAUUUGCCUCGUAGAAAUUAAUUCGAUACCAAGCGAACUUAUUAGGCCUAUUGUUAACUGUUCAAUUUGCUCUGAUAUUCAAAAUAUACCAACAUUCGACGGACAUGUUCCCGAGGAUGAGGCAGAGAAAUUAGCUUAUUCAAUUGUGCCUUUUCUUGUCAAGAAUGCAACUAGAAAAUGGAAGGCUUCGACGGAAUUCUCCUAUGAAUUCUUUAAGCAGUUUUUUGACAAUGAAACUGUUCUAGAUUACUUCAAAACAUGCCAGUUUCUAGAUUACGGAUCGGGCUUUCUUAGUAUCAAAAACGUCUUCAAUAUGCCAAAGGAGCGUGCGGAAACUGGUAAGCCUGCAUGGUACAUAGGCUUUUCGAGUUGCGACGAUUAUGUAAAUAAGAAUCUUCUGCAAGAAUAUUUUAUAAGCCCAGAAUUUUUACCAAAAUCGUUAAAUACUCAACAAGUUUGGUUAUUUAUGGGUUUUGGUAGAAGCGGCGGAUCUGCCGCUCCGGUUCAUAUAGAUCAAGUUGGCGUUCCUUCGUGGCAAGCUCAAAUUAUUGGUAAAAAAACAUGGCAGAUCUAUCCAACUUUUGAAUGCGAGAUGGAGUGUAAAAAUUUCGAUAUAAACCUGGAAGCAGGAGAUAUUUUUGUGAUAGAUACAAACUGGUGGUACCACAAUACAAGAGUGGAAAAAGAUUAUUUUAGCCUUACCAUUGGCUCUGAAUAUCAAUGA